UUUUCCCUUUUUGGCAGAUUUCUUGUGUUUAGUUCAAAACAAGUUUUCCGAGUAUUAUUGAAAUUAUUGAGACAUCCAAAAUCGAACUAAUAAGUGAAGGCAACAAAAUUGAUUUCCCUACAUUUACUUAAUGCUUUUGGGAAGUUCGAGCAAAUAAUUUCCUUAAGUGAAUAUUUAUAUGUCAUUGAAUACAUCUGAAAGUAGUGAAAAAAAAACUUAAUUUAUGCAACUGGAAGAGAAUUUUGUCAAACUGGAUACCGGAAGUGCAUUUCAAUUGGCCUAUCCCGAUUGGCUGAGUGAAGAUAACAGAAGACGACAAAUGAAUUCUUCAAAUGAUCAAGUCCAACAGCUGGAAACGGUAACAUCACAAUCUUCCAAUUAUCUAUCGUCCCGCUACUUUGAUAAUCCACUCACUGCCGUCACUUCAGCUAUGCUUCAUAUAUCGGGAAAUCCACAAUCACAGAACGAUGAAGAUACGAAUAACAAUAACAACAACAGCAUAACAAACAACAUCAAUUUGAAUGCACUUCAAUCCAAUAUUACCCACCAAAUUCAUCAGGUCCACAAUGGAAAUGGCACAACAUCAUAUGAAUAUUACAAAAUUGCUGAUAAAGAUAGCUUACAAUGGACAACAAGUGUACCAACGAAGCUUAAUGGACACGCCCAACUUGAUGUACCAGGUCUCUCGCAGAAUGAAAUACAAGGCUUACUUCUCGGCUCACACCACCAAUCACAACAAGCCAUAAAUGUCAAACGUGAGCCAGAAGAUCUUCGUAUCGAUCCGAAGUGUCCGCGAAGUCAGAAAGUUUUAGUUGCACAUUCUCCCGCAUCAUCAUCAUUACAUAUCAAGGAACAACCGCUAAGUCCUGGAAGUCCAUCGGCUGAAAAUAUGUAUUCAGGGGGCACACAAAUAUAUUUACAGGGUGCCCAUCAAGCGAGUUCAGCAUCUGGUACAGGUGGAAGCAUAAACAACAACAACAACAAUAAUAAUAACAACACGCCGAGUCCCGGUCAUUAUGAUACACAGUAUUACACCACAAGAAUGCCUUCGGGCGGUGGAGGUUCGACAUUCAUCACAGAGCCUUAUGCAUAUCGAGAAUAUUUCGAUUCGCAAGGCUACAUUCCAUCACGUACAACAAUCUACAGUGAUUCCGAAACACCCACGACUAGCUACGAGGGACGUUUCACAACAGCACAUACGAAAGGCGGCUCAAUCUACAAGACCGUUACGUCCGCUGCUGGUCUAACGGUGGACUUGCCUAGUCCCGAUUCAGGGAUUGGAGCUGAUGCAAUUACACCACGCGAUCAAAACAACAUUCAACAGUCUUUCGAUUACACUGAGCUUUGUCAGCCUAUCGGAUUAGACAACGGAGCUAUCCCUGUUUCUGUGACAAGUAUUCAACGUAGUAACGUCAGCGUUCAUGGCGGUCAAAACAGUCCCACAACAUCGAUCAGCAGUAAUCCAGCAUCGACUCGAUCAUCACGACCGUGGCACGAUUUUGGACGACAGAAUGAUGCUGACAAAAUUCAAAUACCAAAAAUAUUCUCAAACGUAGGUUUCAAGUAUCAUUUAGAGUCACCUAUAAGUUCAUCACAGAGACGCGAAGAUGACAGAAUAACAUACAUUAACAAGGGACAGUUUUACGGCAUCACAUUAGAAUAUAUUCACGAUCCUGACAAGCCAUUGAAGAAUCAAACAGUAAAGAGCGUCAUCAUGCUCAUGUUUCGUGAAGAGAAAAGCCCCGAGGACGAGAUAAAAGCAUGGCAAUUUUGGCACUCACGACAACAUUCGGUGAAGCAACGAAUUUUGGAUGCCGACACGAAGAAUUCUGUUGGAUUAGUUGGACUUAUAGAGGAAGUAUCGCACAAUGCUAUUGCUGUUUAUUGGAAUCCAUUAGAGAGCUCCGCUAAGAUAAAUGUUGCCGUUCAAUGUUUAAGUACUGAUUUUAGCAGUCAGAAAGGUGUUAAGGGUCUUCCACUGCAUAUACAAGUCGACACAUUUGAGGAUCCUCGUGACACUAACAUCUCCCAUAGAGGAUACUGUCAAAUCAAAGUUUUUUGUGAUAAGGGUGCUGAGCGUAAGACGCGCGAUGAAGAGAGACGUGCUGCUAAACGUAAAAUGACAGCAACAGGACGUAAAAAGCUGGACGAGUUGUAUCAUCCGGUUGUUGAUCGGUCAGAAUUUUAUGCUAUGAGUGACAUCAAUAAACCGCCCGUUCUUUUUUCACCAGCUGAAGACAUUGAUAAGCUAUCUUCGAUGGAGUUGCAAGGUUUCUAUGGUCAUGACGCUGAUUCACUAACUGGCGCAGAUGGUGUCAAACCAUCGCCCUUCUUACUUCAUUCUGCCGCCAAUAAGCCAACGACCCCAACACUCAAAUUUCACAAUCAUUUUCCACCCGACGUGGCUACUGACAAAAAGGAUCACAUAAUGCUUGAUGGUAGCAUGGGCGCAAUAAACGAAUAUGGUGUUCCAAUCAAACGACAACGUAUUACGCCACCUCUAAGCGAAAGAGUGAUGUUGUAUGUACGACAAGAUAACGAGGAUGUAUACACAGCUCUACAUGUCGUUCCGCCUACAACGAAUGGAUUGAUUAGUGCGAUCGAAAAUAAAUUCAAAAUUUCACCAUCGAGUAUUAAUAAUAUUUAUCGCAAAAAUAAGAAAGGAAUUACGGCGAAAAUUGACGACGACAUGAUAUCUUAUUACUGUAAUGAAGACCUGUUUCUACUUGAAGUACGCCAGGUCGAAGAGGAUUUGUACGACAUCACAUUCACGGAACUUCCGAAUCAUUAAAGUAUUUCUUUUUGUCAACAUAAGAUCAUAUAGUUUAGUUAUAAUUUUAUAAGAGAAAAUAUUUCUCGAAUACUUCGGAGCUGCUUUAUUGAUUGAACUCAACGUAGAAGAAAUCUGCUAUAAGUAUUGACACUUUCUUAGUCAAAGUUGAAAGGUUUUUAUUUAGCUUAUUUUGUACUCUUCUAGAGCUUAAGUACUUAAAUUAAGAUAAAUAUAAUUUUUUUUUACUUAAAUUAAUUUAAAUCGAUAUCGUGAACAUUAUGAGGUGCCAAACCUUCCAAUACUUCUGAAAACAUUCCCAAAAAAGAAAAAAAUCGAAACUAUCAGAAUCGACAACAAAUUCAGCAAAUUUUCAUAAGAAAAAAUUCAUUGAAAAUGAAUUAGAUAUCAAUAAAUAUUAUGCAUAAUGAAGGAGCGAUAUUUUUUGUUCGUGUACUUAAUUAAUUUAUUUAAAUUUAUUUUAGACGAUUAAAAUGUUGCUGGAAUUGAAAAGAAAUAUUCUUAGAGGUCUUUAGAGUUAAAAGAUUCUUUCCUUCCCCCGAAAAACAUAUGAAAGACAUCAAUUUAUAUAUUUUUUUUUCAUUAUAUUCAUUAAUCGAUAACAGGUAUUAACAUAUUUCGAAGCAAGUAUUUCUCGCUGGAUUUGAGAAAUCUACGUUCCAAUUCUCACUAAACGGUUUUCCCAAGUGUCAUCACAAACAGUUAAGCCAUUCUCUUGCCUAUGAAAUAAUAAACUCAAAACCAUAACUCGCACGAUUGACGUCGUCGCCUAACGUGCCCCAAUAAUCUUUUGCCAUUAAUUUUUACGCCUCAAUGUAUUUUAUUUGUGAGUUUUUUUUAAGCUUUAGUUUAGAUAUUGAAAAGAAGAGUAAAGCAAAAGAAAAAUUUGCAUUUAUUUCCACACAUGCCAUAACUGGAUGAGAAAAUGAGAGA